AUGAACACCACUCCACAACAGAUCCUUGAUAUUGAAGACGCUCUAGUGUCAGAUGACAACCCGGCCCGUGAUGACGGCACUCUCGACUAUGAGCGCUGCGCCAGACUACACAAUUACCUGGUCGCAUAUGGCUGGAUGGCCCGCAACGGAAGAGAUACGCCCGACCUUGAUGCGCUAGCCAGUGAAAAGUGGUUUUUCCAUGAAGCAAACGAGGAGGUCGAAGCUACUCGGGAGCGCCUUGUUGCGCCGCUUAACAAGUUUCUUGAUUUAAUCUAUGAUCCUAGGCCGCCCUUCUUCUACUGGGUUGACGGUCUUGUGAUGGAGCUCAGCGACGAGUAUUUUAUUGAUGAUAACGAGAUGGAGGAGGACAAGGAGCGAUUUGUUUUAAUUUAUCGCACUAUUGCGGAUCUGGGCGGGCAUAACCUCGGCGUUAUCUAUGACCAGCAGCUCAAUCGGGCCUCAUUCCCAAUGACUACAGACAAUAUGGAAAGUGUGGAGCCUAUUGACGAGCACGAGGAAAUGUGGUUCCCGCUGGAGACUAUUCUCACCCAAUGGAUCUAUAUGACUCGGAUUGGUUUCCGUUCCUGGGCUUCCUGA